AUGUCUUCUCAAAAGCCCUCGUAUGUGCUCGUCACUGGCGCAACAGGGUUCAUUGGCGCCCAUGUCGUCGACAAUCUAUUGGCUCGUGGAUUCUCAGUCCGAGGCUCGACAAGAUCGAAGCAAAAGGGAGAGCAAAUGAAAGCUGCACGUCCGCAGUACGCUUCAAAGCUUGAUUUUGUCGUUGUGGAAGAUUUCACCCAAAUUGGGGUUUUCGACUCUGUAAUGGAUGGCAUUGACGCAGUCAUCCAUGUGGCGAGCCCGUUCUUCUAUGACACCACCAACAACGAGCAGGAAUUGAUUUUGCCCGCUAUCAACGGAGUCAAGUCGAUUCUCUCCGCGUCCGCCAAGCCAGGCUCAAAAGUCCAGCGCCUUGUCAUGACAUCCUCCUUCGCCUCAGUAGUCAACCCAAGCAGCACUCCAGAACCAGGUUUCACGUAUACCGCCGCAAACUGGAAUCCGCUGACAUACGAGGAGGCAAUCGAUCCGAAAUCUGACUCUGUCACCGCAUACCGCGGCUCCAAGAAGUUCGCUGAGCUCGCGGCAUGGGAGUUUGUCAAGGAGCAGAAAACCAAAUUCGAUCUGGUAACCCUCUGUCCUCCUAUGGUUUUCGGUCCGGUCGUGCACCCAGUGCCGACUGUGCAGCAGCUCAACGAGUCAAACAUGAUGCUCUGGAGUGUUGCCGCAGGUGCGGAUCCACUUCCCGGAACGCGUGUACCCGGUUGGAUUGAUGCUCGUGACCUCGCUGAGGUGCAUGUUCAGGCUUUGCUUACACCCGAAGCUGGUGGUAAAAGAUUUGUAGCUGCUUCGCCGGAGCCGUUCUCAUAUGAAUAUGCUGCGGAUAUCAUUCGUGACGAAUUCAACUGGGCAAAGGAGACUGUGACUACUAAUUAUAAGAUGGGUGAGAAGCCGAGUAGCUCUUAUGGGAUUGAUGGGGAGACUGCCGCUCAGGAGUUAGGGGUGAAAUAUCGGCCCUUCAAGGAGACUGUGGUGGAUUUGGUUGGACAGAUUCGAGAACUCGCAGUGUAA